AUGGAUCGUGCAGUUGAUCUUGACGGGGUCGAGGAGUCAACUAACACAUUUACAGACCGACAGCUUUAUGAAAACCAUGAUAGAUUUUUACUUGAUAGCAUUCUAAUAUUUGUUCUUCGAAAGGGAUAUACAGCACUAUUUAAAGAAGUUAUUCAACUUUACAAUCGUUUACAUGUUAAACCACCGUCAUUUUGUCUAUGGUGUUGUGCAAUAGUGUUGUUUGCUAAAAGUUUCAAUGAAAAUCUUAUUAAGAAUAAUGCUACUUUGACUAUUGAUAAUUAUCAAAAUCAAUUAGAGAUUAUAAUUACAGUGGGAAAUCAAUUAUUUUCCAAAAUGAAUGAUUCAAUACAAUCAUAUAAAUCAUGUAUUAACAAUUAUUUGAAAGAAGCUAAACGUAUUAUUAUGCAUUUAUACUUGGAAUCAUCUACACCACAGACAAAUAAUAAUUAUACACUAUGUUUUUCCAAAUUAAAUCAAUACUUUCCUCCAUCCGAUCCAAUUGAUGAAGUACACAGAUUUCGACUGGGAUUUUUAAAUCUAUUCGUAUCUGAGCAGAAAGUUAAUGAUUAUUUGAGGGAGAGAUGGUUUCCAGCAAGAUUCGAUGUUUUUAAAAAAUUACAACAGUUGACAUUUGAUAUUAUUGAACAGUUGCCUGAAGUAUUAUUGGACAAAGUUGGGUCAAGUGAAUGGGUGUAUAACGAAGCAAUACUCCUAGAGUUGAAUACACUUCUUGCUUUAUUGAUGCGUGAACAGUUGUUUGGCAAAUGCUUGUGUACACAAGAAGAUUUAUUUGAACUCGUUCAUGUUUAUACUUCUGAAUCAUGUCCGACUGAGUUACUUUGA